AUGGCUAUCACGACGGCUCCAUCUCCCGCGUCUGCACCAGCUCCCUCAACUGCAAAACCAAACCGCGCAUCAUCCUCUUCUGUGUCCAAAUUCCUAUCCAGAUGGCGCUCAAAGCGGAGUAAGGGAGAGGUCAAUCCCGGCACGCAGGAUAAGCGGCCGCCCCUGAUCCCCUCACCCCUCCCGCUGAUACUACCACAUCAUCAAGCCGUGCUGGACGACCUUGGCUGGAGCGUGAUCACAUUCCCCAACGCUUCCGAAUCACACGCGCCGCCUCCUGCACCAGGUGCCCAUCCUCUCCAGACCGCCGCUCAGGAUCUCUUUGCUGCCAGUCAAAUCUUCUUUUCCCUACCUGAAUCGGAGAAGCAGAAAUGGGUGAACAAACAGCUCGGAUCCGAGGAAGGUUGGUCGUGUAUCCCUGGCGAAAAAGAGUUCAUCACUUUGCGCACGUUGGCUGGGACUCCGGAUGUGUUGAAAGAGGCCGCGCAACGGUAUUGGAAUCUCAUGGGCGAUUAUCUGGAUGGUUGCUUGGGUAGGCUCGGGACUAGGAUAGGAGUACGUGAUGAAGGCGCCGAUCAUGGUUUAAGGAGGUAUAUUGGACGUUGUAAACAGAUGGGAAUCGAAGAGCAAGAUAGAAGCGCGACUAUGCUGCGGCUAUUCCGGUACGAGGGCGCUACAACGGAUUUCAAGAUUGUUGCGGAGCCCCAUGCGGAUCUGGGAUUGCUGAGCUGUGUUGUCGGCGAUGUGCCUGGACUUGAAGUAUGGGAUGGCUUCAGCUUCUACCCGGUGGAGAGAGAAGAGUUUGGAAAUCAGAGGAGGCAUGACGGCAAGGUCGAGGUGCGGAACGCGGCUCUGCUGGUUGGAAGACAAUUGGAGGCUCUGUCCAACAAACGGUUCCGUGGCGGUGGCCACCGCGUCGUGAGUUAUCCGCCAGCGUCGGGGCCGGAUGCACCACCUCAGUACCGGUUCUCCAUUGUGUCUGUGCUGCGGGCUUGUGAGGAUGUCGUUGUGGAUACUGAUGUCUUGACGACGGAUAUUACGGGUGCGUUUGAGAAGCCUAUCAGGGGUGUGACGGCGGGGGAGUGGUAUGAGGGGAUUAGGAAGAAGCAUUUUAAUAUUAAUGUUGGAUAUGAGGAGAGGGAGAAGCAGAGGAGGAGUGUGAUGGAGAAGAGGACGGGGGAUGGUGUGGAUGCACGUGCAAAAGAGAUGGGAACUGGAUGAUGCUGCAUUCGAGGGAGGUUUCUGCGUUCACAGGCUGGGGAUAGACCGUGGCCGGGAAAGUUUGUAUAUAAGAAACAAUGCUGAUGAGAAAGGCGAUAGACCAGUGAUGUUUGGUGCUUACCAGAAUCAAAGCGUUAUGCGCUCGGCCAUGUGAUCAAAACCUGGAAGUGUCAAACUCGCGUUUGGUAGUUCUCGUUACGGGUGGAAUGGUCUCGAGAAUAUAGGAAAACACCAAGUUUGCAUGCUUGACAUUUGUAGAUAAGAACUCCGCUG